AUUCAGUGCGUGAUCCGCGCUCAAAGUUACAACUUGUGCCACGGCAAAGAGGCAAUGUCCAGAGUGCGCGAAUGAGACGCCGAUUUUGUAUUUAUACAGAUAAGAGCAAUAUAAUCCAAAGAGUGCCAAGUGAUAGGCAUACGUUCCACAAGCCACUGCAAUCCAAUCCACACUUUCUGUUAUCACCGACCCGACUUACCCGUUUUACUAUAAAAGGAGAACUCUCUUAACCAUGCAGCCAGUACUGGAAUCAACAAUAUACAAACUGCUAAGAAUGGCAUCGAUUUUGGAACUUAUCACCGGCUUCAUCUACACUGUUGGGAUUCUAACGAUUGUCGCCUUCCUCUACGAGAACUUCAGAUCAUUGGUGGGGAUCAUCAAGGCCGUGCUGGAACCGUAUUUCCAGCCCCAAUUACCAAAGACUUUGCUCGAAAAGUAUGGCAAAUGGGCAGUCGUUACGGGUGCCACAGAUGGCAUUGGCAAGGAAUAUGCCAGAGAGUUGGCUCGUCAGGGCCUCAAUCUGGUGCUUGUCUCUCGCACCAAGGAGAAGCUGAUUGCAGUCACCAAUGAGAUCGAGAGCCAAUACAAAAUAAAGACCAAAUGGAUAGUGGCGGACUUUGUCAAGGGUCGCGAGAUAUACGAGCACAUAGAGAAGGAGCUGGCCGGCAUCGAAGUGGGAAUAUUGGUUAACAAUGUGGGCAUGAUGUACGAGCACCCCGACAACUAUGAAGAAGUGAGCGAGGAUCUGCUCUGGAACCUGAUGACUGUCAACAUUGGAUCUGUGUUGAUGCUCACCCGCAAGCUGCUGCCAAGAAUGAAGGCCGCACGCCGCGGUGCCAUCGUCAACCUGGGCUCCUCCUCGGAGCUUACCCCACUGCCCUAUCUGACUGCCUAUGGUGCCAGCAAGGCGUUCAUAACCUACUUCACCAGGGCGCUAGAACGUGAGGUAGCCUCCCACAAUAUUGACGUACAGCUGGUGCUGCCCGGCUUUGUGGUCACCAAGAUGAACGCCUACUCCGAUCGUGUCAUGGACGGCGGUUUGAUCUUCCCGAAUGCCUCCAGCUAUUCCCGAUCUGCCGUCUUUACCCUGGGCAAGACGAGCGAGACCAAUGGCUUCUGGACACACAGCGUACAGUACUUCUUUAUGAAGUUGGCUCCCAUUCGCCUUCGCAUGGUGUUUUCUCAUCUGCUCUCCACUCGCCUGAGAUCCGAUGCUCUUGAGCAGAAGGCGAGGAAAGAGAAGUUGGCGACUUAACUGUGUGUUUGAGUCGUCCUCACAUCAACUGUGUUACAAGUCAUGUAUAUAUUUGGUUAGUAGUUUAAAUAAAAAUAUAAUUAAUUUUGUACAAAGCAAA